AUGACGGUCAAAAAGGACAUUAAUGAAAAACUUGUGGCAAAAGAUUGCAAAGCAGCUUAUCUAAAUAAUAAGAGAACAAGUGGACUCUAUGUGGUCUGGCCCAAAGACUCCCCCCCAUUGGUGGUAUAUUGUGACCUCAGUCCUCAGGGUGGUGGCUGGACUGUCCUGCAAAGGAACACACAGCAGAACAAGGAGUUAUUUGGAUCACAGGACUGGAAGGCCUACAGAAAUGGGUUUGGUAAUCUUAUGGGGAAUCACUGGCUGGGCAAUGAGUUAAUUUAUCACCUCACCAGACAGAAUGCCUUCACAGUCAGGUUUCUACUAGUCGAUAGUCUAGGUGAUCGCCACUAUGCAGACUACUCUAGCUUCUGGGUGGACAGUGAGGAUAGCAGCUAUACUCUGAGGUUAGGAGACUACUCUGGUAACGCCGGGGAUGCAUUGACCAUCAUGAAUGAGACAGGGACACAUGAUAACAUGAAGUUCUCCACAACAGACAUGGACAAUGACAGGUGGUACAAGAACUGUGCCGAAGUAUUACAGGGAGGAUGGUGGUUUGACAGCUGUCGCUCUGCGCUCCUUAAUACUGACCAAACUAUUUACUGGGGAGGUUUAUGUGAUGAAACCAACCCCUGCGUGGCUACUAGUAUCCUGGUCAAGCCAGGAAACAAGAAUUGCUCCCCUAUGCCACUGCCAGGAGCCGGAGAAUAUUAUCCAAUUCAUUAUAGCUAGUUGGUGUCUUACUUAGCCACCACAGCACAUAUCACCUUAAGAUACUC